AUGUCGCGCCGGUUCUGUUGGAUCCUGGCCGCCUGGUUUGUUUGUCGUUUUUGUUCGAAGAAACCUUUGAGCGCUUUGGUGCGACCGAGCGGCAACUGCCCGGGCCUUGGCCGCCUUGGCCGCCUUGGCUCCGUCUCAAGAGCCAUGGCUCUUGUGACUGCUAGAGCUGCACCAGUGAACGUCCCAGGCCGAACGUAUCAGGUGGGAGAUGAGGUGCUAACGUACUAUGAGGAAGAUUGUAUGUGGUACCCCGGUCGUCUCAAAUCCAACUACCAAAAUGGUUCCUAUUUGGUCAAGUGGGAUGUGCCUGAAGAUGGCAUAGAGGAGAUAGUGGUGACAGCUUCUCAAAUGAGAGCUGCGUUGAUACCGGUCCGCAAGCUUCAAAUAGGUGAAAAAUAUUCUGGCAUUGUCUUUGACGUCAAUAGCCAUGGGGCAUUCGUGGACAUUGGUGCUGAAGAGCAUGGAUUGCUACCCGUGAGUAGGAUGGCCGUGGAUUGGAUUGACAAUCCACUCGAUGCCCUUCAAGAGGGGCAGCAGAUAGAUGUCUGGGUCAGCGGCAAGAAGGACGGACAUUUCAGUGUUUCAAUGGUUGCAGAACUCAUUGAGAGCGACUUUCGGCCUUUCUUGGAGUUGACGGCUGAGCAAUGGGUUGAAGGGACGGUGAAGAAGAUCUUGGACUCCAAAGCUGCUUUUGUGACAGUAUUCUUGAGUGGUGCCAGCCUGGAUGGGCUUCUACAUGUCUCGGAGCUGAGUGAUGCAUAUGUGUCAUCUGUGAACGAUGUCCUGUCCGCAGGUCAGAAGGUCCAGGUCCGAGUGCUCUCAAUUGAUGCCAACUCAGGCAAGAUGAUUUUGUCAAUGAAGGGGGCAAAAUCCAUGGUUGGCCGGGUCACACCAGCUCUUCCGUUAGACCACUGGGUCCAAGGCAAAGUGGUCCGUGUCAUGGGGUUCGGUGCCUUUGUAGCUGUAAAGCCGGAGAAUGCUGAUGCCGUUGUGGAGGGACUUCUGCACAAAUCUGCGAUUUUGCCUGGUGUCAGUCUGACUGUGGGAGACGUGCUGGACGUCCGGAUCGAUUCGGUGGACCUGCGCCGCGGAAAGCUGAAACUGUCGAUGCUGGACGCUCCGAAACGAGCAGAACACGAUGAACGACGACGGUCACGUCGGACACCCCGAACUACACCGGAAGCUACGCAAGAGUUUCUACGAGAGUUUCAACAAGUCCCAGCAGAUCAGCUGCUUUUGGGAUGUGUGACUCAUAUCACUGAUGCCGCGUUAUUUGUGACGCUUCGGUUGGAGACUGGAACUGAAGCAGAUGCCUUGCUCCUACCUCACCACUGUGUUGGCAUGCUGGAACUGGGGCAGCCAGUACGCGUGCGGAUAGUUGAGUUAGAUGUCGACAACGGGAAAUUAAGAGUGUCAAUGUUGCCAGCCAUAUAA